AUGUCGACUUUGCUACUACCAUUAGAGACUUGUGAGAACUUAGCUAGUAUCAUUGCACAAUUCUGGUGGAGUUUAAACCUUCCUAAAAGAGGUAUACAUUGGGUAAAAUGGGAAAAACUCUGCAAACUAAGAGAAGAGGGAGGAAUAGGAUUCAUGAUGAUCCAUGACUUCAAUCUUGCCCUACUAGGCAAACCGUUAUGGCGCUUGGUACAAUACCCAGACUCUUUAGUAGCUAGAGUUCUAAGGGACAAAUACUUCAGAAGUAGCACGCCUUUGCGGCUAAACAAGGCAGAUAGACCCUCAUAUGGAUGGACAAGUAUAAUGGCAGCGAAACCUUUAAUGUUGUUGGGUAUCAGACAAAAGGUACACUCUGGGAAUGAGAUUAGAGCGUGGGAAGACAAUUGGAUACCAACGAUAGCAGCAAGACCAGCUCGACCACUAGCGGCAGUGGUUCAUCCAAUAAUGUCAGUUCGUGAUCUGAUGACAGGCGAUCCAAAAGCAUGA